UAACAGCUUUAUAUGGACUAGCUUCAGAAUCAUAGCACAAAACAGGGAACGUAAAUCACUUAAAACAACAACAACAAAAAACGCUGGGUGACUAGCUGUUUUCCCCGUCUUGCUCUCUCCUCUUUUUUAAGUUUUUCUUUCCUUUUUUGGUAUCCCGAUUCUGAAUAAUCCACGAGUGUCUUAAGGGGACACACAUACACCUGGCACAGUCUGAGGGCACUCAUUAUAGCAUGCUUCUUAAUAGAUUAUUGUCAAAAGAAUCCACCCUCCACCCUCGUUACAGUGCCCCUGAGAGUAAGCAAUGAUGCACUGUAUGUCUACCCCUGAAGGUAUAAUUUACAUACUGGAAUGUUUAGAACAGUGGUGUUAAAUGAGGCUUUACUUUGGAAAACACCAGUCAUUCACAUGACCUGAAAAACACUGUAAGGUAGAUAAAUAUCAGAUCCACUCAGUACACUGUAGUGAUAUGCAGAGGUGUGAAUCAGUCCUGUCUACGGAGCGGCCUCUUACUUGUCCUGUUAAUGUAUAUUUUUUUAUCUUUUCACUUUCAGUUACAGUCUCUGAAGAAUUUCAGCUGUUUUGACUAUAUCCUGACACAUGUUCAUAUUUUUAGACCAUGUCCCGCAAGUUCCAUACACAGAGGACCGAGGCAAUCGACAAUCACGUGUGGGUGGAAUUUACCCAACUAGCUGCUGAGUACGAAGUAGUGAACCUGAGCCAUGGAUUCCCUGACUUUCCUCCUCCCAGUUUUGCCAAGGAGGCUCUUUGCACUGCUGUCUGUGGGGGCACUAGUAUGCACCAAUACACACGCAUCCUUGGCCAUCCACCACUUGUAAAGAUCCUUGCCAAAUUUUUUGGGAGGAUUUUGGGCCUGGAAAUAGAUCCAAUGCAGGACAUCCUGAUUACUGUAGGAGCCUAUGAAGCCCUUUUCUGUGCAAUUCAGGCUCUGAUUUCUGAAGGUGAUGAAGUAAUUAUCAUAGAACCUUUCCAUGACCGUUAUAAAUCCAUGACUGUAAUGGCAGGAGGAAAACCUGUCUACGUGCCCCUCAAACCUCUAAAGGUUACUGGUCCAACUUUGUCCAGUGCUGAUUGGGUGUUGUGUCCUGAAGAGCUGGCCAGUAAAUUUACCUCUCAUACAAAAGCUAUCAUCAUUAACAAUCCCAGUAAUCCAUUAGGCAAGGUCUUUCAGAGGGAAGAGUUGCAGAUGAUAGCUGACCUGUGUAUAAAGCACAAUGUUAUUUGCAUCAGUGAUGAGGUGUAUGAGUGGCUUACAUAUGAUGGAGCACAACAUAUAAAAAUAGCAAGUUUUCCAGGUAUGUGGGAGCACACUGUCACUAUCGGGAGCGCAGGCAAGUGCUUUAGUGCCACAGGAUGGAAGUUGGGCUGGGCAAUUGGACCAGGACACAUCCUUAAACACCUGCAAAGCAUUCAUCAGAACUCUGUAUACCACUGUCCCACUCCUACUCAGGAGGCUCUGGCAGUGUGUUUCCAGAGAGAAUACAACAUGUUUGGCACAGAAGAAAGCUACUUUAGACAGUUACCAAAGCAGCUCCAAACCAAAUGCGAAAGGCUAGCCAACUGUAUGAGUAGUGUGGGGCUGCAGCCCAUCAUGCCUGAGGGUGGCUACUUUAUGAUGAUGGACAUCUCCAACGUGAAGGUUGACCUAAAUGACCCAAAUGCUAAGGAUGAACUCUAUGACAGCAGAUUUGUGAAGUGGCUUAUUAAAGAGAAGGGUUUGGGCACUAUCCCUGUAUCUGCAUUUUUCAGCUUGGAACAAAGAGCACACUUCCAGAAUUACAUUAGAGUCUGCUUUGUCAGGGAUGAUUCAACCCUGAAUGCAGUAGAAGACAUUCUGAAACAGUGGAAUGAUUAUAUCAAAAUGGGAUCAAACUAAUUCUGUUCAAAAAUCUUUUUUGCAUAGUAUGUCUGAGUCAGCUCACAUUAACCACUAUAGAAGAAUCUAAGCUUUUAAGUGAAAUACCUCAGGGGGGUGGGAAAUUCAGCAGUCCUACUGUGUUUUAUCCAUACUUAUACAA